GCCGCCGCUGCUGCCGCCGGCCCCGGGCUUCCUUCCCUAGCUUAGCCCUUCCGCGCCUCCUCGUUAUAUCGGGGCAUCGCUGAAAACGGAGACAAUGGCGGCGGCGGCGGCUGCAGCGGCCACCACCGCCACCCCCACCACCAGCAGUAGCAGCAGCAGCAGCAGCAGCACCAGCAAGAGCACCAGCAGCGGCGGCAGCAACAGCCGAGGCGCUCCCGCCGACGCCAGCCCCAGGGGCAGCGGGACGGACGCGGGGCAACAGCAGCAGAGGCAGCCCUCGCAGCAGCUGCCACCCGAACCCCCCAGGAAGCAGCGCAUGGACCCGCGGCGCCGACAGGCUGCCCUCUCCUUCCUCACCAAUAUCUCUCUGGACGGGCGGCCCCCGCUGCAGAGCGAGGACUGGGGCAGCGGCGAGGAGAACGGAGCGGCCAAGUCCGGGACCGGCGGCGCCGCGGGCGGCAGCGGCGGAGUCCGGGCUCGGCUCAGCCUGCUCUCGGCGGCCGACAAGGGCAGCUUCUACGCGCCCGCGGCCGCAGCGGCGGCAGCUGGAGGGACUGCCUGUGCGCUGCUGCAGCAGCAGCAGCUGGGCUACUAUCCCACUGCAGCAGCGCCCCACUGCGGGGGUGCCCGGGGGCUGAUGAGCCCCCUGAGUGUAGACCGGGCAUCGGGGGAACUGUCUCCGGCUAGCCGGCAGCCACCUCCCCCUCCGCUCCAGCAGCCUCAGCUGCAGCAGCAGCGUGACGGGCCGGGGGAGGGAGGGGAGGAGGAGUUGGAGGAAGAUGAUGCCUUUGCCCCGGUGCAGGUGCCGGCGGCUACUUUCUUGGGCUCCGGGACGCCGGGGAGUGGGAGCGGCAGCCGGAGCCGCCUCAACUCCUUCACUCAGGGAAUCCUGCCCAUCUCCUUCUCCAGACAGACCUCGCAGAACUAUUGCUGUCUUGAGCAGACGGGGCAAGUGGGCGCCUUCGAGCAGCUGCAGAGGUCCCGACGUCGUCUGAUCUCCCAGAGAUCUUCCUUGGAGACCUUGGAGGAUAUCGAAGAGAAUGCUCCAUUACGGAGAUGUCGGACCCUGUCAGGUUCACCCAGACCAAAGAACUUUAAGAAGGUUCAUUUUAUCAAGAACAUGAGGCAGCAUGAUACCAGGAACGGCAGAAUAGUCCUUAUCAGCGGCAGGAGGUCCUUCUGUAGCAUCUUUUCAGUGCUGCCUUAUCGGGACUGCGCCCAGGCUGGGGAUCUGAAACUGGAUGGAGGACGACAGUCUGCUGGAGCUGUGAGCUUGAAGGAGAUCAUUGGCCUUGAAGGCGUAGAGCUGGGAGCAGAUGGCAAGACUGUUUCUUACACCCAGUUUCUAUUACCCACCAAUGCCUUCGGAGCUCGGAGAAACACCAUAGACUCCACUUCUUCCUUCUCCUCCCAGUUUCGUAACGCCAGCCAUCGUAGUCUUUCCAUAGGAAGGGCAAGCAGCAGUACCCAAGGGAGCAUCGACACAGGUAGUGACCUGGGAGAUUUCAUUGAUUAUGACCCAAAUCUUUUGGACGAUCCUCAGUGGCCCUGUGGCAAGCACAAGCGAGUUUUAAUCUUUCCUUCAUACAUGACCACAGUCAUUGACUAUGUGAAGCCUUCAGAUCUCAAGAAAGACAUGAAUGAGACCUUCAAGGAGAAGUUUCCUCAUAUCAAAUUAACGCUCAGCAAAAUACGAAGUCUGAAGCGAGAGAUGAGGAAACUUGCAUUGGAGGAUUGUGGCUUCGAGGAGCCUACCGUGGCCAUGGCCUUUGUCUACUUUGAGAAGCUGGCCCUCAAGGGGAAGCUAAACAAACAGAACCGGAAGCUUUGUGCAGGGGCCUGUGUACUGCUAGCUGCCAAAAUUGGAAGUGACCUCAAAAAACAUGAAGUCAAGCACUUAAUUGAUAAACUGGAAGAGAAGUUCCGGCUGAACCGACGAGAGCUGAUUGCCUUUGAAUUCCCAGUCUUAGUGGCCUUGGAAUUUGCUCUCCAUCUGCCUGAGCAUGAAGUCAUGCCCCACUACAGACGCCUGAUCCAGAAUUCCUAGCACAGGCUCCCCUCCUGGGGCAGAGGGAAAGACUGCUUCCUUUGAGGUCUGUGGAACAGCGGUUACGACUGGAAAUGCAAAGACGAAACUCAAAAUAUACCAAAUUUUUUUUCCAUUCAACAUCGUUUUCUUCUGUAGUAGAAACUGUACUAAAGACAUUUCAGGGACUCUUCAGUCUUUUUCAGCCUAAAGGAACUCAUGGUAGCUCUCAACUACUCAGAGCAAAGGAAGGAGAGAAAGCAGUGGAGACCCAGCUCUGUCCCUGGGAAAAUGGGCUUUUGGGGACCAAGGGACAAAUUUCAGUUGCCCAUCUCAGCUUCUUGGAGUGCAAGAGUCUUUCACAGUCUCCAUUCCGGUCUUCCUGCUGGUCACCUGUCCACCUUGCAAACCCAGACCAGGACCUUCUCUCUUUUACUAUUUCUCUAUUGACCUGUUCCAACCCGGGAUAGGGGCAGUUGAAGGGAAGGGGAGAGGGGACUUUCAGAAAUGGGGGAAAAGCUUUUUAAAAGAUAUCUUCCUUCACUGUGUCAAAAAAGAGUGUGCCAAUCUAUUUUUGUAUUUGAUAUUGGAAGUGCACUUUUCCUAGGGCAGGGGAGGGGGGAGGUAGUGAACACGUAUGUCUGGGUGCAUGUUUAAAUGCACAUGUAUGUGUGUUUACAUUCAUGUAUGAGUAGGAACACUACAUUCCUAAUCUCCAAACAGUGUAAUAGUUUACAGAGAGGUAAGCAGGUUACAGGCCUGACUUUCUGUGAUUUCUUGAAAAUGUAACUUUUAGGAAAUAUGAGCAGUGAAAUCAUCCUUAAUAUUCAGUUCCAGAUCAUUUAUCCCUUUUAUGCCUUUUCUGAGAUGGCAAUUUCAGCUACUACAACAAGUCACCGGCAGACCACUCCCUCCAGAAUUGUAUUUUUCUUGUUCAGUUGUUUUUCAGUCAUGUCCAAUCUUUAUGACCCCAUUUGGGGUUUUCUUGGCAAAAUUCUGGAGUGGUUUGCCAUUUCCUUCUCCAGCUCAUGGGACCGAGGCAAACAGGGUUAAGUGACUUGCCCAGGCUCACACAAGUGUCUAAGGCCAGAUUUGAAUUCAAAAGGAUGAGUUUUUCCACUGCACCAUCUCGCCACCCUCAGUAUUGCAUGGAGUAAAGCUAAAAUGGCCAGCAGUCUGGAAUUCCUAUUCUCUUCCUAAAGUCCUUUGCUCCCUCCGCCUGUGUAGUCCACCCUUGCACUUUUCCCACCUGGGAGAUGGGCAGAAUUGCACUCUGUCCUGUUGUAUUUCUGUGCUCUAUGUUAGAGUGCUUCCUGAGCACACUGGUUGUGCUGUCUGGGAAACUGUUUUACCCAGAUCCAGAGUACGGAUGAGUAAGGUUAUAUAAAUGCUAUCUUGGAGUUUGGAGAGCUGAGACAAACAAUAUAAUAAGUUUAAAAUUGAGUUGGUGGAAACAAGCAUUUGCCUUUUUAAAAAAAUUUAUUACCAUGUAAUCCAGGAGCUAUUUUCAGGCUGAAUUUUCACAGUUUAAUUCCAGUCAUUUAGGCAACUUAGACUGAAAAACUUGGGCAAAUGAACCAGAGUACCAUGGCUACUCCAUCUUAUAUCACACAAAGACAGUGUGUUAACCUAAGGGUGCCAGAAGAUUGAAGAAAGAUUUCUAUGUUUAUGUACAGAAAGAAUUUUAAAAUAUUUAUUAUAUAUAUAUAAAAUAUAUGUAUGUGUGUAUAUAUACACAUAUGUCUAACCGACACUUUUUCCAGUGCAUUGCAAAUUCGUCUGUCAUUUCUGCCCAAAACUUUUUAAAUUUGGAUUCCCGUUAAGCUAGAGAAAAAAUUCAAAGCUUUCCAUCAGCCUUGGAUGGGAGGUGGGGAUUAUGAGGAGAAAUUUUAUCAACAAACUUUGACCUGCCAGGGCCUGAAGUCAGAGUCAGAAAGGACUUGAAGAUCACAGCAGUUGUGGAAAGGAGACAUUUUCUUCGGACUUGAAGCUUACCUAAGUUUUCUCAUUUUCUCCCUCUUUGCACAAGUGUGCUCAUCAGGAAGCAGUGCAGAUUGAUUUUUUUUUAUAGUGAAUGGAUACAAGUUUGAGCUCAUGUAGGUAGACCCAUCACUUCAGGUGACCCAGAAAGAGAAGACCAUCUAAUCAACAGAUGCUUGUGGAGUUGUAUUGAUAUGAUACUCUGCAGUUUGGGGGCUACAAAAUGCCUCACCAGGCUCAUGAUUUCGAGUACCCUGAGUUUCUAAGUUAUUCUGUCCCAAAUAGGUUUUGACAGUGUCUGUCAACCAAAAGACCUUCACCUCAAGAUUUAACAGCCCUUUGGUGAUGAGAAGCAGAGCUGGAGUUUCCCCCAGGUGUCUUACUCCUGGUCAAACUGCUUCAUUCAUAAGAUACCCAAAAAUGUCUCCGAGAGACAGUCUCUCCGUUGUCCUUCUGCAUUCAGUCUUUCCCCACCUCCUGAAUUUUGAAGGCAGACAGUGGGACAGGCACUUACCUUCCCAAUAACCCGAGUCCUACUGAAAGAGCCAGGACAACCCCUCGUUAAUCUAGACUUGCACUUGUUCUUGUUUAACAACGUAUUAUAUUUGACAUUUCUGUGGUCUAUUUGCUUUUUGACAUUUGAAGGGUGGGCAAGAAUCUGGUCUCCUUUAAAGAACCAUUGAUUUUAAAUCUCUUUUAUUACAUUCUGCCUUACUAUUUGUUUUCAUUUCAAUUGAUUGGGAAGGGGUUGUUUGAUUUUUAAAGGGAAGUAGGGGGAAAAAAGGGGCUUUUCCAGGGUCAGCUGGGACGGAAGACAUUUUUAAUAAGAAAUCUUCAAUUUAAUGAAAGUGUCUCACCUGUUUUAUACAUAACCUUGCAGAGGAGUACCAGGGGCGUAGAAGGGGAAGGAGGUAAAGGGAAUAGAAGUUUCCCCAAGGAUUUGGGGGAGCCGAGCCACAAGUGCUUGGUCAGUGACUUGGGAAGGCAACCUUGGGAAGGCUGGGAGAGGAGAGGAAGAAUCGUGUCUUCUAGGAGAUUCACAGAUGAACAGUCAACCCCACACCACCACAGAUUAUAUAAUUAAGACAAAGCUCUCAUCCCACUCCCAGGCUGGCCUAGGUAUUUAUUCUAGCAUGGGUCCACCCAUCUAAAAAUAUCUAAGAGCCUGAGGGUACAAUUUGUCCCAGCCCUUCCCUGGUCCUUCAGGCCAGCCGUGGCCUGUGGCCUGUGGCCUGUGUACUCCUGCAGGAUUGGCUUUUGUCGGUUGUAGCCCAUCUCCAAGUGACCAGGAUCCAGCGGUCCAGCAGCUCAGAAGUAAGAAGCAACUUUGGCCCAAAGAGCACACUGAGUGUUGGCUGAUGGGACGAGUUGUGCUGCUCACAUAGGAAGCUAAGCCAUACAGACCGGGGAGUGAAUGGCCAUUUUCAGAGCUUGGGUUGCCAGGGGUCUUGCUAAGGAAGGCCCUACCUUUGAAAUUCACUUGCCUUAUGUGUUGGUAUUGUUAUCCCUGAUUGUUCAUCCCUGAUGGAGUCAUCAAGCUUCUGGGAAGGGCCCCAGCACAGUAAGCCCCCAGGAUGAAUUUAAUUCCUCGGCCUCCUCACGUGGAGGCUCCCCUGCCAGAGCACAAGGCAGGGCCAGUUUAGGGAUGCUGGAGCCAAAGGCUUAUUAUCCUUCCUCCUCUCGCCAUCCUGUGACAUCCUCUGCUAAACACAACAGGAAAUUGAGGACCAAAUGGAAGAGAUGAAUGUUUUCCUUGGUCAAAGGGAGUUAAUAUACCAUGGUUUUUGUUUCAUUACCCAUAAGACAGUCUAGGGACAGUCAACUCCUUGGUAAAUGUUGCUGUGUAUCAUAAGCUGUACCUUACCAGGUUUGGGCUUAAUUUUUUUUUGGGGGGGAAGGGGAUUAAGCUGCUUUCCCUCUUGUAACAAUAAAUAAAAUUGUUCAGUACUAAA